ACUACACCAACCUCUGUGGCUUGUUCAAAGUACGAUACUAUACUCAUAUUGUUAUAUCUUUGAACAAAUAAAAUAAAACGAAAAAAUGAUGCUGCAUCAGGAUGCGAUCCUGCCCGAAAUUCUUACCCCGCGCGCACCCUAACCAACAAGCCACGCACAUGCUCGAGUCAAGCUCAAGGCAUAUCUAGUUCGGACACAUCCUGACCUUUCCCCUUAUUUUGUAAGUGUUUUUUUUCGAUUUCUUUUAUCUUUUUACAGAUCUUCAUUAUUACUCGGGUUUUCAUGUUUUCAUUUUUUUACGUUUCUUUUGUAUAUAUUACAGGUUUAAUAUGCAAUAUUUUUUGCAAACAUACACUGAACAUUAUUGUAUAAAUACACAAUGUACAUUUUUUAGGAUCACAAUUAACAUUAUUGUAUAAUAUAUGAUGAACAAUUUUAUUAAAUACAUUGAACAUUUUUUAAAUAUAUAAUUAACUUUCUAAAAUAUAUAAACUCUAUAUUUCUGUUUUGGAUUUCUUUUAUCCUUUUUCAGAUCUUCAUUAUUCUUCGGGUUUUCAUUUUUUUUCAAUUGCUUUUUAUAUAGGUUUAGUGUGCAACAUUUUUUGGUAAAUACACACUGAGCAUUGUUGUAUAAAUACACAAUGAAAUAUAUUGUUUAAUGUACGAUGAACAAUUUUGGUAUAUAGGAUUUUCUAAAUAUAGGAUGACCUUUUUUAUAAAAAUAUAUAAAUUCAAAUUAUUUAUGUGUUUUUUGUUUCAGAUUUCUUUUAUCCUUUUUCAGAUCUUCGGAUUUUAUUUUUUUUGCAAAAGGGCCCUGCCGCACGUUUAGUAAUGUAAUAAUGUGAAGAUAUUUUAUCUAAAAUGUACAACAAUUUCGAGCCGGUGGCUGUAGACGCGUGCACCUAUUUAAUUAAUUAGUAUUUGCAUUCUUCUAAAAAAAACCUGGCUAUGCAAAUGGUCCUGCAGCCCGUUUAAUGCAGACAUAUAUAAAACAUGCAUGCCCUAACCUAGAUGCGAGUAUCUCUGUGUUGUAGUGGAUAGAGCGCGCUCUCGGUCCGGCUCGGGCUCAGGUUCGAAUCGGGGCGGCCGCAUCAUUUUUGGUUCCGUUUUAUUUGUUUAAAAGCUUUAGUAUCCUCUUUUAACAACAGAUUGAGACUGGUGUAGUGGCUGGGAGGUGCGUCUGUAACGCGGCAGGUCGCCGGUUCGAAUCUCGCCCGCGCGGCAAGAUUUUUACUUUUCCGCAAAGGGCAUGUGCGUGAUUAAUAGUAGUGCAAGGGGCUUUCCUGCAAAAAACACGAGUGGGCCCCGCGAAGCGGUAGUUUUUUGUCACGAAAUUAGCACUAAUCUGAAGUUUUUGGUCAUUUUUCAAAAUCUGGUAGUUCUGUAGAACGAAUACGUGUAAUGCGAUAGUUUUUUGUCAAUUACUCAGAAAUCAAGGGCUUGUUAGUUUUGUUAUAGUUCCCGCGUUUUCCAGUCCGAUCUGUAGGUGGAAAGUUUGAAGGAUCUCCAAUCCGAGUAGGUCAGGAGUCCCCCUCCUCCUCCUCGUCUAUAUUAGGAAGAUCUCCACGCCGGAACCCUACCGCACUCUUCCAUCGAUCGAAACCUAGACUAGACGUGGAGCAGACAGAGCAGGGAUGGAAGCCUACAAGUGUAUCCUCUUUUAACAACAGAAUGAGACUGGUGUAGUGGCUGGGAGGUGCGUCUGUAACGCGGCAGGUCGCCGGUUCGAAUCUCGCCCGCGCGGCAAGAUUUUUACUUUUCCGCAAAGGGCAUGUGCGUGAUUAAUAGUAGUGCAAGGGGCUUUCCUGCAAAAAACACGAGUGGGCCCCGCCCGUCAUAAACACGUCUAAACCGGCCAUUUUCCAGAAGCGGUAGUUUUUUGUCACGAAAUUAGCACUAAUCUGAAGUUUUUGGUCAUUUUUCAAAAUCUGGUAGUUCUGUAGAACGAAUACGUGUAAUGCGAUAGUUUUUUGUCAAUUACUCAGAAAUCAAGGGCUUGUUAGUUUUGUUAUAGUUCCCGCGUUUUCCAGUCCGAUCUGUAGGUGGAAAGUUUGAAGGAUCUCCAAUCCGAGUAGGUCAGGAGUCCCCCUCCUCCUCCUCGUCUAUAUUAGGAAGAUCUCCACGCCGGAACCCUACCGCACUCUUCCAUCGAUCGAAACCUAGACUAGACGUGGAGCAGACAGAGCAGGGAUGGAAGCCUACAAGUUCGGCUUCGGCCUCGGCAUGCCGCCGGCGUUCAAGUUCGACCCCACCGACGGCGACAUCGUCGCCUACUACCUCCUCCCGCGCGCGCUCGGCCUCCCCACCCCGCACGCGCACGCCAUCAUCGAAGAAGACCCCGGGAGCGCCCCGCCGUGGGAGCUCCUCCGGAGGCACGGCGGCGACGGCGGGAUCGAGCACGCCUUCUUCUUCGGCCCCCCCACGGACGGCGGCCGCAGGAGGCGCACCGUCAAGGGCGGCGGCGUGCGGCAGGGGCAGAAGUUGAACGAGGGCACCGUCACCAUGCUCGGCCCCGGCGGCGCCGAGUUGGACAUCGCCUACAAGCGGUACGACCUCACCUUCAAGCUCAAGGCCGGCCGCGGUAGCGUCAGCACGGGGUAUGUCAUGCACGAGUACGAGAUCACAUCGCCGCCGCUCCCCGGCAAGGUGCUCACCCGCGUCAACAUCAGCAGUAACGCCAAGAAGGAAAAGGCACCGGGCGCGGCCACCGCCGGCGCCGACCAGCAGGUUAUGGUCCCGGACCCUGAGCUGCCGGGCACGAGCUACUACGACCACGAUGCCGCCGCGAUGGCGAGCAUCGGCGAGGGACUCGGUGACUCGCAAGCUGGUGCUCUGUAUGGCGGCAACGGCGGGGACACGGCAGAUGCCGACUCCUGCUAUACGCCUCUCAACUGUGUCCUCCCGGAUGGCGCCUACAUCGACUACGGCCUCUCGUACACCAACCAGCUUGCCGCGGCGACGACGAGUCACAGCCAGGGAUUCAUCGGCGCUCAAGCUGAUUCCUUCUACGGCUGCGGCAUGGCGGGGACGAACGGCGCCUACUACGACCCCUCACCGUUCGUCCCGGUUGCUAGCCAAGAGGUUGCCCCAUGGCCUAAUAAUCAGCUGGGCCAGAUCCACAGCCACAACCAAUACUACGCCGGAGAUUCCUCCCUGAUGUGCUCCGGCGGCGAGCAACAAGCCGGUGGCGCUCUGUGUGGCUACAACGAUGACGGGGGUGCCAUGAAAACCGUGAGCGCCCACUCGACUGUUUUGCCCUGCAAUGGCGGGGAGGAGAACCGGGACGAGAUCUACGACUACGAAGCCUCUCGGCGACAACGACGGCGACUUCAAUGA